AUGCCCUGUAUUUGGUUUUUGUUUUUCGUGGCACAACUGGUGUCGGUCCAGGUCCACCGUAGUGAGGCAUACAAAAAGAACACGCGUGCUCGACGAUUAAUGCUUGAAGAUGCGUUUUGGUCGGCUAAACACGACCCCAACGUUCCUAUCGCCAAGUGGAUUGCUCGGAUACGGAACGCAGCAUUUGAUCUCACGAGCGUUAAACUGACUCCAAAUGAUCAGCAAGUCUGUGACAGACUACUUCGGGGACUCGACAAUUCCUGGAAGCCAAUCCGAGACCACAUCGUCUACUCGCCUAACGAGGUCUCUCUAGACGAUGCAAUUGGCGCUCUGGAAUCGCAUGAGGUGUCAACUCAAGUUUCGACCGAUCAUUUUGAUGCCUCGGCCGCUGCGACGAAGGCUAAACCCAAGCUGGGCUGCUGGAAUUGUGGUCAGAAGGGUCACCACUCGUCAAAAUGCUCGAACCCCUCUCUCAAAAAGAAACCCACCGCCCAAGCGUCCUCGACUGAAGCUCGUGCUGGGGCGGUUUCCUAUGCGACUCUUGGUAACUACUCGGAAGAUGAAGAAAAUGACGACAACAGCUACGAUGACGAUGGCUGCGACGUCGUGUGGGGCUAG